AUGGUACACUUUUGCAAGCUUUGUCAGCUGCUGCACAAAAACAUGGACUCCAUAGAGUGCGAUAGCAGCAACGUCUGGCUGCUCGAGUCGGUCUUCAAGCUGAAGAUCGUCCCGGUCAACGGGCGGGUCGAGCCGAUCUGCCAGAGCUGCAUCCGCAAGUACAACAAAGUCAUGCGCCGCAAGCGAAAGGAAAACGGAGGCUUUCCGAUAUCCCAGAACCAGAUCUUCCCGAUCUCGACGACCACGACGACGGUCACCUCGUCGACGCAGCUGGUCAUGAUGCAGCGGCAGGAGCAGUUGGCAACGCAGAAUCAGGGACUUGUCGGGGGGACUGGCCAGCACAGGGAGGAGGACUCGUCGACGGAAACGUCGAUUGUGACGGCCAACAGCUUUCAGCUGAACAUUACGGGCGCGGCAGCUGUUUACAGGACCGGACGUGGGUCUUCGGAUGAGGAUAGUUCGGCUGGGAAGAGUAGCGACGUUGACGAUGACGACGAUGACGAUGAUGAUGAUGGUAGGGAGGACGUGGUCGGAGACAGCGAUGACGAUAGUUGUGGUUCCAGCGAAUGUUGUAGUGACGGAUCGGAGGAUAGUAGCUCCAGUUGUAGCAGUUCCAGUGUGAGCGAGAGUUCCUCAGAGACCAGAACCAGUUUGGUGAUUGAUGAAUCGAUACAGGGCAGUGAAGAGAUGUCGCAGGAUGUGCCCGUGAAAACCAAUGGAAUUAAUUCAGAGGUUGAUCAGGGAUACGCCACGCUUUCUAACCUCAAAAACCACCUCAAUAGUCAUUUGCAAAAGAAACCGUAUGAAUGUAACGAGUGCGGCCGGCGAUUCACGCAGAAAAGUUCCCUCAAAACGCACCUGGACUCCCAUCGGUCCGAUCGCGACCCGAUCCGGUGUGACCCAUGCGGCCAGGAGUUCCCAACUCCGACCGCUCUCUACGCUCACCGUCGGACCGUCCACAAAACGCAGAAAAAGACCCCAGAGAACGCCACGACGUACGAUUGUUCGCGGUGUGGUAGGAGCUUCAAACAGCUGCGAUGGUUCCGGACGCACAUGAAGCGGGAACAUCACCAGGAUGUGGACGAGGGGACGACGACGACGACUGAGAAAAAGAGUUCCAACAAGAUCACCAUCGAUGGGGUUGAUAUCGAGGAGGUUGAAGAACCGGACCAGCCGGAUGAGCUGUCGAACUUUGAAGACUCGUUGGCGGGAGAUGAGGGGGACGAGGAGACCAAAAGUGACUAG